AAGGAAAAUGGAGGAAGAUAGCCAAACAUGGGAAGAAUUUGCCAUCGCCUACUUUUCUGACAGUGAUGCCGAUGACGCAAGACACGUCAUCCACCAAUGCAGUACCAACCCAGUCGUUAGGUGUCUGCUCCAAAACAGAGUCUUCUGGGGACCACUGUGUGAAAUCCGACACAUCUGCCAACCACCUCCUACCAUCACGUCAUUUGUGAGAUACUGUGUAGACUUUGGCCCGGAAUACAUGUUUUCUUUAGAAAUCGACAGAAAGGAUUUCUACGAGUUUUUGGCCACAUCUCUUGCGUCACUUCCUGGUAUCGGUGACGUGAUUUCCGAUUGCGACGUCCAAUAUGGCACCCAAACGUCGGAUGAAGACGUAGACCCAGAGCAUCACAUAUUAAACAUGGACGACGAACGUUUAACAGAUUGUGAGAUCAAAGCUUUAUGCCAGCUGUUUCCGUACAUGGAACACCUGAAGACUUUGGUGCUGUCCUGCAGUGGCUUUUCGUCAGAGGGCGCUUUACAUCUGGCGCGAAACUUGGCAUUUCUCACAAGUUUGGAAGAACUGGAUUUGACUGAAAAUAAGAUCGGCGACGAUGGCUUAUCCAAAAUGAUUUCGCAUAUUCGACACAUUUAUAACUUUGAAGUAGCUGAUAGCGUCGUCAGUGUGAAUACAGGACUACAACUCUGUCGUCGGCAGGCGUCUCUUGAAAACUUCUCCCUCAAGUUGAACUGCAACAGGUUGUCUGACGUAGGGAUAGCUACGCUUGCAGCACAUGCGCGCUCCUUGCGACAUGUGACGGAACUGGAUCUGGGAAGAAACGGGAUAGGUGACGACGGGGCAGCCGCGCUGGCCAGCAGUUUCUGUUACAUCUCUCGACUGAGAGUACUGAUAUUGUACAUCAAUAACAUCUCCAGUGACGGUGCCGUGGCGUUUUCAAAGGACUUGCGGUAGGAGAAAUGCAAACUU